AUGUUGAAGGAGACGCUGGUAGCUGAGUGCGGCGCCGGAAACUCAGAGAGAGGGAGAGACGAGCGGAGCUGGUGGGUCACUGGGAGGCACCGAGGCAGAGACAGAGAGAAAGACUACCGUAACAAUAGAUCUACUCUCUUUGAUGGAAUUGAGGAGGGUGGCAUCAGGGCCUCAUUUUCUUACUCUUCCCACGAAAUUGAUGAGCAUGAUAAUGAAAGAGCAAUAUAUGGAUUGCAAGACAGAGUCAUUCUACUGAAGAGAUUGUCAGGUGAUAUAAAUGAGGAAGUGGAUAGUCAUAACCGCAUGUUGGACAGAAUGGGCAACGAUAUGGAUUCAUCAAGGGGAGUCUUGUCAGGAACCAUGGAUCAUUUCAAGAUGGUAUUUGAGACUAAGUCAAGCAGGAGAAUGCUUACACUUGUGGCAUCAUUCGUUGUUGUUUUCCUAGAUCUUCUUUUGAUUUGUUUAGAGGAAAGCAUGCAAGGAAAGAACAGAACAAGUUGGCAGGAUCAUUAA